AUGGAUCCCGAGCUUCUCAUGGAGGUAAACAACGGCGACCACAAGCACCUGAGGCGCCUUCUUGGCGGGGAAGAUCAAGUUGCAUCUCCAGCCACCGCCGCCGCCGCCGCCAUCGUCGUCAACAUCGACCGCCACGCUAUAGUGAGCUCCGCAAUCCUGCAAGGCGUCACCCCGGACGGCGACUCUGCGCUCCACGCUGUAGCAGCCUCCGGGGACGGCGACAGGUACCUGGAGAGCGCCAAGGUGAUCUACGGCAAGGCCGGGCACCUCCUGGGCGCGCGCAACACGGGGGGGAGCACGCCGCUGCACCGCGCCGCCAGGGCGGGCAACUCCCAGAUGCUCUCCCUCCUCAUCGAGCUGGCCAGAGCGGACGGGACGAGCAGGGUGGAGACGAUCCUGAGAACGCAGAACGGGGUCGGGGAGACGACGUUGCACGAGGCGAUCCGCGGAGACCACGCCAGCGCGGUGGACGUGCUGAUGACAGCGGACCCGUGCCUGGCCCGUCACCAUCUUGUCAACGCCGCCUCGCCGCUGUUCCUCGCCGUCUCGCUGUGCCGGUACGGCAUGGCGCAGAAGCUGUACGAGAGAGACAACCAGUUGUCCUAUUCUGGACCUGGGGGACAAAAUGCUUUGCAUGCUGCGGUUCUUCGGAAUAAAGAUAUGGUGGAACUAUUAAUAGGAUGGAACACGCAGCUUACUAAACAAAGAGAUCAAUAUGGAAACACUCCUCUACAUUUUGCGCUAUCAGUUUUGGAACGUCACCCACAUGGAAUGCUUCCCAUAUAUGCUGUGCCAGUUAUAAAAGGAAAAGAUAUUACAACACUUCUGAAUAUAGAAGAACCUCCGUUGGAGCUCACCAGGCAACUAUUAGAAGCAGAUGCACUUUCAGCAUAUGAACCAGAUAAAAAAGGGUCAUUCCCCAUACAUAUCGCUGCAUCGUCAAAUAGACUUUCAGCCAUCAUUAUUUUAGUCACAAGGUAUCCCGGUUGUGCCAGUUUGCGCGAUGCUGAUGGAAGAACUUUUCUUCAUAUUGCCGUCAAGAAGAAGAGAUUUGAUAUAGUUUGGUACGUCUGCCAGACACCUAUGUUCUCGUCAAUUUUGAACACACAAGACAAUGAAGGCAACUCUGCUCUACACCUAGCUGUGGAGGCCGGGAAUUUGUGGACUUUUGCUUGUUUGUUUGUGAACAAACACAUAGAUUUAAAUUUACUAAACAACAAGCAGCAUACUCCGCGGGAAGUUUCAAUUAGCUCAAUUCCAACAGGGCUAUAUUGUUUUCUGAAUUCACGAAUUCUAAUACAAGAAGCACUAAUGUCAGCCAAUGCUACUUGUGAUAUUUGUCGCCGGGAUGACGAUGUGGAAGAAGAACAUAAUCCCAAAUUACAAGCAGCGAAUGAGGAAAAAGGAUCUAAAGUAGUAUCAGAUUCAACCCAAUUUCUUAGCUUUGGCAUAGUGCUUGUUAUAACGAUGGCAUUUGGUGCUACUUUUGCAUUGCCUGGGGGUUACAAAGCUGAUGAAGGAACACCGGCUCUUGCUCGCACAAAACAGUUUCAAGGCUUCUUGAUGGCAAAUGCUUUAGCAUUUUUGUGCUCAACAGUAGCCAUCAUAAGUCUUUCAUUCGCUGGAACACCUACAGUUGAGUUGCUGAUGCGCUACACACAGUAUAAUUUAUCCAUAUUUUUGGCUUUGAAUGCAUUAGGAUCCUUGGUCGUGGCUUUCAUAAUUGCUCUAUAUGUCAUGAUUACACCAGUUGCUGCUAUAACUUUUAUUGCGGUUAUUGUGGUGAUUGUUUCAACAACAAUCCUCUAUUCCGCCACACUAGUUGAGAAACUUUCUAUACUUUUAUUAGUGUUAUGUUUUAGAAUAGGAAUUCUGCCAGUACUAAGAUCUAGUAUCUCUAAAUUAAUUUUAUUUACUUGUUGGCCACUCAUAGUAAUCAUAGUCUGGCAAGAAACAUGCAUGGCGACACAUGUGAUUUAA